AUGCGGAACGACCAUGAUCUCGUGCCAUUCCAUCGCUACAAUGGUGGAGUUGGUAGGUGUGCCCAGGCCAAACAAUGGGGCUGGACACAAGGUCAGUGGCCCAAGAAGAGUGCUGAAUUUUUACUGCACAUGCUUAAAAACGCAGAGAGUAAUGCUGAACUUAAGGGUUUAGAUGUCGAUUCUCUGGUCAUUGAGCACAUUCAGGUGAACAAAGCCCCCAAGAUGCGGCAUAGGACUUACAGGGCUCAUGGUCGCAUUAACCCAUACAUGAGCUCUCCCUGCCACACUGAGAUGAUCCUUACUGAAAAAGAACAGAUUGUUCCUAAACCAGAAGAGGAGGUUGCACAGAAGAAAAAGAUAUCCCAGAAGAAACUGAAGAAACAAAAACUUAUGGCCCGGGAGUAAAUUUGCACAGAAUAAAUGCAAA